AUGACCGAAGCGCAGCAGAGACCGUCGCGGCCGAACGUGCUCGAGCUCAAGUUGCAGCUGUUCCACCGCCUGCAGCGUCGCCACCGCAGUGCUUGGAAACAGUACUGGCGGUCGUUCCAGCGCUACCUCGUGGCGAAGCUCUCACUGGACGAGUUCCACGCAGUGGCUGAGGAGCUCUUGGGACCUGAUAAACACCUACACAACAAGUUUGUACUGGCGCUCCUGAGCACGGCGUAUCAGGAGGCAGGCGACGUCGAGCUAUCGAGGACUGCGCAGCUGCCGUUAGCAUUGGGCACGCGAAAGAGCGAUGGAUGCAUUGGAGAAGCAGCAGCAAAGCUGUCCAAUGUGGCUGACGAAGGCGCUGAUUCGACCAGGAGGGACGGAUCAGUGCUACCAGUGCAGACGACGAAGGACGGAGGCGGUCGACACGACUGUGGGCAGCAAAAUCGAGCGGCAUCGCUCGGACGUAAAAGAUCAUACAGAAGUAUGGACGCUGGCCGUGGAAGCGCGGAGGAAGCCGCGCGUACGAAACUUGUGCACUUGGAUCGGGAUAGCGUGCACGGACACGACAGCUCAGACCGCCAGUCAGCACAACUACUGAUGGGACUUGGUAAGUGCGCCACGACGAUCAGCCCAUCGUCCAUCGGUCCCGAUCCUUCUACCAUCAGCAACGCAGGACACAGUACCUGCGUAUCGUCAGGAGUCAGGCCGCAAUAG